GAGUUUUACUUUGAAGGAUUGGCCGGAUGUCACAAGCUACUGACUCUUUGACCCGAUGAGUGCGGUUGUGGAUGGAAGCGGCAGCGCCCGAAGCUGAAAAGGCGACAAAACGGUUGCCCCGCGGUUCAUCCUGUCGCGCUGUUGUUGUAUCGUUCCGGCGGAGUUUAACGUUUCUCACGGGCCAGCCAGCGGAGCGGUUGGAUUGAAAACGACUGCGGGCUCGUGCAGACGGCGGCUGUGAGCAGCGUGAACAAAAUGUAUGGAGUGUGUUUCCACGCUGCUCGCCAGACGGCGGGACUGAAGGCAUCGAGGCUGCUUCAACACAGAGCCUUCAGAGUCGGCGCCGUGCACCGGCAGCAGCCCUUUGACUCAUCGCUGGAAAAGCCGCAGUUCCCUGGAGCCUCAGCCGAGUUUGUGGAUAAUCUUGAGUUCAUCCAACCCAAUGUCAUCUCUGGGAUCCCGGUGUACCGGGUGAUGGACAGGCAAGGAAAUAUUAUCAACCCCUCUCAAGACCCUCAGCUCUCCAAAGAGACAGUUUUGAACUUUUACCAGAAGAUGACUCUGCUGAACACAAUGGACCGCAUUCUUUAUGAGUCUCAGAGACAGGGUCGGAUCUCCUUCUACAUGACCAACUAUGGUGAGGAGGGGACACACAUUGGUAGUGCUGCAGCUCUUGACUCAAAUGACCUGGUCUUUGGUCAGUACAGAGAAGCUGGAGUGUUGAUGUACCGGGGUUUUCCUCUGGAUCUGUUCAUGGCUCAGUGCUACGCCAAUGCCGAUGACCUCGGCAAGGGUCGGCAGAUGCCCGUCCACUAUGGCUCCAGAGACCUGAACUUUGUCACCAUCUCCUCUCCUCUGGCCACUCAGAUUCCUCAGGCGGCUGGAGCUGCAUAUGCAGUGAAGAGAGAAAACAUCAACCGCGCUGUAAUCUGCUAUUUCGGAGAGGGAGCAGCCAGUGAAGGGGACGCACACGCUGGUUUCAACUUCUCCGCCACCCUCGAGUGCCCACUGAUAUUCUUCUGUCGAAACAACGGCUACGCCAUCUCUACCCCCACCAACGAGCAGUACAGGGGAGAUGGCAUUGCUGCUCGUGGUCCGGGUUAUGGCAUGCUUUCCAUCCGCGUUGACGGUAAUGAUGUGUUUGCUGUGUACAACGCUACAAAGGAAGCUCGCCGCAGGGCCGUGGCUGAGAACCAGCCCUUCCUCAUUGAGGCGAUGACCUACAGAAUUGGCCACCACAGCACCAGUGACGACAGCUCAGCUUACCGCUCGGUGGACGAGGUGAACUACUGGGACAAGCAGGACCAUCCCAUCUCCAGGCUGAGACAUUACAUGACGGCCCGUGGCUGGUGGAGCGAAGAAGACGAGAGGAGCUGGAGAAAGCAGUCCCGCAAGACGGUGAUGGAGGCGUUCGAGAGGGCAGAGAGGCGCCUGAAGCCCAAUCCCGAACUGCUGUUCACAGAUGUGUACCAGGAGAUGACGCCAAACCUGGACAAGCAGAGAGAAUCCCUGUGGAGGCACGUGCAGCAGUACAAAGAGCACUACCCGCUUGACCUGUACGAUAAAUAUUUGCACUGACGGGAUGGAAUGAGUUGUGACUUGAUGAACAAGUGCAUGAGUGGGUCAGGAUUGAAAAAACUGUUGCAAACCUUUUACUAUCCAUAAACAUGUAGUUUUGA